AUGGCUGCCCACGUGCUGCUGCAGGCGGUGCUGCUCCUGCUGCCUCUGCUCUUCCAGGUCCAAGGUGGCCACGGCGGAGGGCCCAGGGAAGACUUCCGGUUCUGCGGCCAGCGGAACCAGACGCAGAAGAGCAGCCUCCACUAUGAGCAGACUCCCGAGCUGCACAUCACCAUCAGGAACUCCGAGGACAACCUCACCAUCCGCGCCCCCUUCCAGGCAGCCCCCCAGGCUUCCCGACACUUCCCAGACCCCAGAGGCCUCUACCACUUCUGCCUCUACUGGACCCGACACACUGGGAAGCUGCAUCUUCGCUAUGGCAAGAACGACUUCCUGCUGAGCGACAAAGCCUCUGACCUCCUCUGCUUCAGGCACCAGGGGGAGAGCCCGGCCCCGGGACCCCUGCUGCUGGCCACCUCAGUCAGCUCCUGGUGGAGUCCACAGAACACUAGCCUGCCCGGCGCUGCUGGCUUCACCUUCUCCUUCCACAGGCCCCCGCACAAGGCCUCGCUCAACGCCUCGGUGGACAUGUGCGAGCUGAAGCGGGACCUGCAGCUGCUCAGCCAGCUCCUGCGGCGGCCCGGGAAGGCCUCUCAGUCACCACCGCUCUCCCCCGCCAGGCAGCUGCAGAGCUUGGAGACGAAGCUGACUUCUGUGAGAUUCAAAGGCGACAUGGUGUCCUUCGAGGAGGACCGAGUCAAUGCCACGGUGUGGAAGCUCCAGCCCACAGCCGGCCUGCAGGACCUGCACAUCCACUCCCGACAGGAGGAGGCACAGAGCGAGGUCCUGGAGUAUUCGGUGCUGCUGCCCCGAGCACUCUUCCGGAGCAACAAGGGCCGGAGGGGGGAGGCCGAGAAGAGGCUGCUCCUGGUGGACUUCAGCAGCCAGGCCCUAUUCCAGGACCAGAAUUCCAGCCAAGUCCUGGGUGAGAAGGUCUUGGGCAUCGUGGUGCAGGACACCAAGGCUGCCAACCUCCCGGAGCCCGUGGUCCUCACCUUCCAGCACCAGCCACAGCCUAAGAAUGUGACUCUGCAGUGCGUAUUCUGGGUCGAAGACCCGACACUGAGCAGCCCGGGGAAGUGGAGCAGCGCCGGCUGCGAGACCAUCAGGAAGGAGACCCAGACGUCCUGCUUCUGCAACCACCUGACUUACUUCGCAGUGCUGAUGGUCUCCUCUGUGGAGGUGGACGCCGUGCACAAGCACUACCUGACCCUCCUUUCCUACGUGGGCUGCGUGAUCUCCGCGCUGGCCUGCGUCCUCACCAUCGCCGCCUACCUCUGCUCCAGGAGGAAGCCCCGGGAUUACACCGUCAAGGUGCACAUGAACCUGCUGCUGGCCGUCUUCCUGCUGGACGUGAGCUUCCUGCUCAGCGAGCCGGUGGCCCUGACGGGCUCCAAGGCCGCCUGCCGCACCAGUGCCAUCCUCCUGCACUUCUCCCUGCUCUCCUGCCUCUCCUGGAUGGGCCUCGAGGGCUACAACCUCUACCGCCUGGUGGUCGAGGUCUUUGGCACCUACGUCCCUGGCUACCUGCUCAAGCUGAGCGUCGUGGGCUGGGGCUUCCCCAUCUUCCUGGUGACGCUGGUGGCCCUGGUGGACGUGGACAACUAUGGUCCCAUCAUCCUGGCUGUGCAUAGGACCCCGGAGAGUGUCAUCUACCCUUCCAUGUGCUGGAUCCGGGACUCCCUGGUCAGCUACGUCACCAACCUGGGCCUCUUCAGCCUGGUGUUCCUGUUCAACGCGGCCAUGCUGGGCACCAUGGUGGUGCAGAUCCUGCGUGUGCGCCCGCACACCCAGAAGUGGGCCCACGUGCUGACGCUGCUGGGGCUCUGCCUGGUCCUCGGCCUGCCCUGGGCCCUGGUCUUCUUCUCCUUUGCUUCCGGCACUUUCCAGCUCGUGGUCCUCUACUUCUUCAGCAUUGUCACCUCCUUCCAAGGCUUCCUCAUCUUCCUCUGGUACUGGGCCAUGCGGCUGCAGGCCCGGGGCGGCCCCUCCCCGCUGAAGAGCAACUCGGACAGCGCCAGGCUCCCCAUCAGCUCAGGCAGCACCUCGUCCAGCCGCAUCUAGGCCGCCAGCCCACCUGCCCAGCGAGAGGAAGCUGCGUUUCGGCCUCGCCUCACACUGCCUGUGGCCCCUGCAGCCGGGCCCAGCCCUCGGCCAGUCAG